UACCACUGUGUUCUAGAUGGUUUCUACCUUGUUUGUAGGGUUUGAAGAUGAUACAAUAGAAGAUGAUUCAAUUAGUACACUAAUAAUUUCGCCCAAAAGGUUUAAAUGUUUCUAGUGAUGGUUAGAUUGUAAUGAAUGUGCUAUUAUCCAUGGAUUUUCUUCACACCACUGUUGUCAUUGUGUUCCUUAUCUUUUUCUCGUGACGCCGAUAAUUCGCCUUCUUCCGGAACCACCAAUGAUUUUGGUGUUGGCAUGAAUGAUGAAAUGGACCAUUUGCAGUCUGAGUGAAAGCACAAGGCGGUUGGAGGCUUGGAGCGUUACUUCCACUAAUAAUUCUAGGGUUUUGCCUUUACCUGUUCUUAUAAUAAAAUAAAACAAUAUAAUGUUCAUUAGCUGUCUAAAGAUAUGUUCCGCUAUAGGUGGUUUACUGUCGAAAGGUUUAUUUGGGUAUGUACAUAUAUGUGAAACUUUAUGAUUUUUUUUUGAAUAUUUUAUAAUUUAUGAGUAUAUUUGGAUCUCAAUUUAAAAGAAUAUCAGGUGUGCCAUGGACAAUAAUUUCAAGAUGACAGCACUAUUUUUUACCAAGCAAAUUAACAAAACGACAUUUUAUGCUCCAUACAAAUCACAUCACCCCAUCACCAAAAGAGAGAAAAGAAAUUAAAAAAAAAAAACAGGACAAAAGAGCAUGAGUGAAGAGGAAAACCCCAAGUAACGGACGCAAAAGCAUUAGAAACAUCUAAUCCUCCCCCACCGCCGUGCUCCUCCACCUACCACCGCCAUCUAUAAAUAGUUCAACCAAAAUCAACAGGGAGGAGUCGGAAAAUACGGCCGAGCUUAUUCCUAUCAGCCUAAAAACGCCUUCUUUUUUUUUUCUUCCCAAAUCUCCCAUCAUCAGAAAAAUAUCUAUUUAUAAAAUAAUUAAACAAAAUUGAUUGCUGUAUGGGGUGAUUUUUUUUUUUUUAAAUAAUUAUACUGAAAUUAUUUAUGGGUAUAGAUUUCAAUUUUCAGACACAGUUGAAGUUCACUUGACAAAUGUGAUGAGUGACAAGAAGACUAGUAGUCCCAGCAGUAGUAGCAUCGGGAGUGAGGGCCGUCCAGAAAUGUCUGAGGACGCGGAGCCUCCGCCGCCGUCUUCUACUUCAGAUCUCGCCGCCUCUAAAUCCCGCGUCUUCCAUACUGCCGCCGCCGGAGGUGGUGGGGAGGAUAACUGCUGCUUCCCUCCGAACUCAGAUCACGUCCUGGAGAAUGUGCUGGAAAACGUUCUCUGCUUCCUGACCGAUCGACGAGACCGGAACGCGACGUCGCUGGUCUGCAAGUCGUGGUACCGGAUUGAGGCCAUGACCAGAUCCGAAGUAUUCAUCGGCAACUGCUAUGCUGUGUCGCCUCAACGCGUCACGGCUAGGUUUAGCCGGGUCACCUCGGUGAUUGUUAAGGGCAAGCCCAGGUUUGCUGAUUUCGGCAUGCUUCCGCCAGACUGGGGCGCGCGCGUGGACACCUGGGUUGCCGCCUUUUCACAGCCUUACCGUGCGCUCGAGAAACUGUACUUCAAACGCAUGGUUCUCCUCGAUGAGGAUAUGCAGGCCCUGGCUGAUGCUUUCCCGAAUCUGGAGGAGCUAGUUUUGGCCUCUUGCGAAGGUUUCGGAACUUAUGGACUUGCUUGCGUUGUCAGUGAUUGCAGGAAAUUAAGGGUGCUUGAUUUGAUGGAGUCUGAGGUCAUUGAUGAUGAUGUGGACUGGAUUUCAUGCUUCCCAGAAGGUGAAACAUGCCUUGAGGCGUUGGUCUUUGAUUGUGUGACAGGUGAGGUGAAUUAUAAAGCGUUGGAGAGAUUGGUGAUGAGGUCUCCUUCUUUGAAGAAGCUUAAGUUGAACCAGGAUGCUUCCAUUGGAAACCUUUAUAAGCUGAUGGUUAGGGCCCCACAGCUUACACAUCUGGGGACUGGAUCAUUUAGGCCAGAAGAAGGUGAUGGUGAACAAGAAGAAGAACUUAACUAUGCUUCUGCUUUUGCUGCCUGCAAAUCAUUAGUUUGUUUAUCUGGCUUUAGGGAAAUACUUCCUGAUUACCUUCCUUCUAUAUACCCUGUUUGUGCCAACCUUACUACCCUUAAUUUUAGUUUUGCCGACAUCAAUGCUGAGCAACUCAAAGCAGUCAUUUGCCACUGCCACAAGCUGCAGGUUUUCUGGGUGCUUGAUUCAGUCUGUGAUGAAGGCCUCAAGGCAGUUGCUGAAACAUGUAAGGAUUUGAGAGAGCUUCGAGUUUUCCCUCGUAAUGCUGAUGAAGAAAUGGAUGGCCCUGUUUCUGAAAUCGGAUUGGUUGCAAUCUCCGAGGGUUGCAAGAAACUUAAAUACAUAUUAUAUUUUUGCCAGAGAAUGACCAAUGCCGCAGUCAUUACCUUUUCACAAAACUUACCGGAUAUUGUGGUGUUCCGUCUCUGCAUAAUGGGCCGGCAGAGGCCUGACCCGCUAACUGGUGGGCCAAUGGAUGAAGGUUUUGGAGCAAUCGUCAAGAACUGUAAGAAUCUCACCCGCCUCUCCACAUCCGGUCUGCUGACUGACCAAGCUUUUAAUUACAUCGGGAAAUAUGGUAAAUUGGUGCGGACCUUGUCAUUUGCGUUCGCUGGGAACAGUGACUUGGGGCUGAAGUACGUGCUGGAGGGAUGCCCGAAGUUGCAAAAGCUCGAGGUAAGGGAUUGCCCGUUCGGGGACUUGGCUGCCCGUGCUGGUUUGCAUCACUAUUACAACAUGAGAUUCAUUUGGAUGUCGUCUUGCCGAGUAUCACGUCAAUGCUGUGAGGAGAUUGCACACCAGUUGCCGCACUUGGUGGUGGAAGUGGUUGACUGGAACGAGUUGGGGAGGAAUGAGACCGAUUAUGAUGUUUUGUACAUGUACCGGUCUCUAAAUGAUGAACCAAGAACCGAUGCCUCAAAGUUUGUUCAAAUAUAUUGAUGUUAGGAAAUAUGCCUGAACAGGUGUCAUUGUGGUUUUAUCAAUUUUUUCAUGCAAGGUCGUCGACCAGCGGAAUAUCGGUGAUUUAUUCGAGGACGGUUUCUUCAAUGACGUUGUUCAUUUUAUCUUAGAGAAGAAAGAAGCCACGGACACUGCUAGGUGUAAGAAGGGAUCCUACAGAAGUGGAAAUUGAGCAAAUUCAUAGUGGAAAUCGCAUAAUUCCCAAUUUCCCAUUUGAUUAUAUUUAGUUUUCUCUUGUUUUUAUUCUCUGUAUCAGUUUAGACUUAGACCUGUUUAUUUUUCUUCAGGUGUGUUGCUUCUUUUGCACCUGGCUGCCGAAUUGAUUUAUUUGUUGUUAUUUUACUAGACAUUUCAUUCCAUUAAUGAUAUGUAUGGUAAGCAUUGUUAAUCAAUAACUCUGGUUUCCUCAUUUGGUUAUCUUAUCUAUGAAAGUUGCAUAAAAGCCUUGUGAGAUGAA